AUGGGCCGGCACGUGUUCCUCACGGGGCCCCCAGGCGUUGGGAAAACCACUCUGAUCCAGAAGGCCAGCGAGGCGUUGAAGUCCUCGGGGGUGCCCGUGGAUGGCUUCUACACGCAGGAAGUGCGGCACGGAGGGAGGAGGAUAGGAUUCGACGUGGUCACGCUGUCCGGCCGGCGGGGGCCUCUGUCCAGAGUGGGGGCAGUGCCCCCGCCAGGAACACGGGAGUGCCGGGUCGGGCAGUAUGUGGUGGACCUGACCUCCUUCGAGCAGCUGGCGCUUCCGGUCUUGGAUGCAGGUGCGGGCUGCGGCGGCCCGGGCCCGAGGGUGUGCGUCAUCGACGAGGUGGGGAAGAUGGAGCUCUUCAGCCGGCCCUUCCUGCAGGCCGUGCGGCAGGCCCUGGCCGCCCCGGGCACCGUGGUCCUGGGCACCAUCCCGGUGCCCAAGGGGAAGCCGCUGGCCUUCGUGGAGGAGAUCCGGAGCCGGGCGGACGUGCAGGUGGUCAGCGUCACCAAGGAAAACAGGAACCACCUCUUGCCGGACAUUGUGAGGAGCGUGCAGAGCGGCGAGAAGUGA